AUUGACGUUUGAUUUGACGUUCCCCUUCAAAUUCACAGCCUGUUCAGAACCCACAGAUAGCCCCAGAAGUCGUCCUCCAGAAGAAAACCUACGAUCUUGUAACAACUCCAGCAUGAAGCGCGUGCUGAUACUCAUAGCGGCGCUCCUAUCGCUCGCUUCGGUCGCCGCGAAAGCAGGCAACCAUGUGGUUGAUCUCACGGACUCCGACCUGGACUCAGAAUUGGAAGGACGGGAGUGGGUUGUCGAAUUUUACGCGAAAUGGUGCGGGGCUUGCCAGCGGUUCACCUCCGAAUACGAAAACGCAGCCGCCCAGCUCCACAAGGAACGCCCUGAACUGAGCCUCGGUCGUGUGGAUGUAGAUGCGAAUCCAGUGGCAUCUGCUAGGUUUAUGAUAUCACGGUUACCGACAAUUUAUCAUGUUCUGAAUAAGACGGCACGGCCUAUGGAAGUUCGACGAACGGCUGCUGAUGUGGUGGAAUAUCUGACUGAAGAACGGUGGCGGUCGGUGGAGCCCUUGAACGCUUGGUAUUCACCCUUCUCUGUGGGCGGCCACAUUCUGGGGACGAUUGGAGGGCUUGGAUCUCACCUGGUCAACUUUGCGCAAACAUUGCGGACUCUGAGGGUCGAGCAAUGGGCAUAUAUUGGCGCCGGGGGCUUCGUGCUCAUCUUACUCCUGGGUCGCCUGUUCGCCGACACACCCACACCAGGACCUCCACGACGCGAAACGAAGAAGUCGAAGUGAGGCGUAAUCGAAUGUACAUGAACAGGAAUGUGGGCUCCGAGCGUUGCUUACCGACGGGAUGAGCUGAAAAAAAAGCAGUCCACCUCGAAUGUUUUAUCCAUACGUACUCGGUCUGUUACACGAAAACGUUAUUAUAUGUAUGUAGGAGCCCAGUGCUGCUGGGGGGGGGG